AUGGGUUAAUCGUGUUCUUGCAAUGCAAUGCUUUCAGUCUCAAAUACUGAAAUUACAAGAAGAAAUGAGGUAUCAAUUAGAGAAGAGAGUUAAAAUAGUUCAGAAGAAAAUUAUAUAUAAAUAGAAAACACAUCUAGAGUUUAUACAAUAGAAUAUCCUGAAAGAUUUAUCAUUAUUUAUCCUGCAAAAAAGGAAAAUUUUGAUAGUUUAAGAAAAGAGCUUCAGCAUUUAAAUAAAGAUGCUUCAUUUGUUAUUUAAGAAUGUGAGAAUUUGAGUUAAGAUUCGUACUAUUCUCAAGAGUUUUCAAGCUAAUUGUUAUCAUCAUUAGAGGAUUUCAAAUUAUGA